CGCACACACACACACGCACACACCCCGCCCGCUUCCUCUCUCACAAUGGACGCCUACCGGAAGAUCGACAAAAUCGGCGAGGGCACCUACGGUGUCGUCUACAAGGCCGAGGAGAUUGCCACUCAGACCAUUGUCGCCAUGAAGAAGAUUCGCCUGGACAAUGAGGACGAGGGUGUCCCGAGCACGGCCAUCCGUGAGAUUUCCGUCCUCCGUGAGCUCCAGCACAAGAGCAUCAUCGGUCUCAAGGAUGUCAUCCAGCACGAGAGCAAGGUCUACCUGGUCUUCGAGUACAUGGAGCGCGAUCUUCGUCGCUACAUCGAGGCCACCCGCCACCUCCCUCUGGACAUGGCCCUUGUCAAGUCCUACGUUUUCCAGAUCCUCGACGGCCUGAACUACUGCCACCAGCGUCGCAUUCUGCACCGCGACCUGAAGCCGCACAACCUGCUGAUCGACACCAUCGGCAACAUCAAGCUGGCGGAUUUCGGCCUGGCCCGUGUGUUCGGGGUGCCGAUUCGCGCGUACACCCACGAGGUGGUCACCCUGUGGUACCGCGCGCCGGAGAUUCUCCUCGGCUCGCGCCAGUACUCCACCCCGGUGGAUGUCUGGUCGGUCGGCUGCAUCAUGGCCGAGAUGGUCACCCGGCGCCCGCUCUUCCCCGGUGACUCGGAGAUUGACGAGAUCUUCAAGAUUUUCCAGCGCCUCGGCACUCCCACCGAGGAGGUCUGGCCCGAGGUCGUCCGCCUGCCGGACUACCAGAACUGCAUCCCCAAGUGGCCGGCCCAGGACCUGGCCGAAGCCGUUCCCGGGCUGGACCCUGUUGGCCUGGACCUGCUGAAGCAAAUGCUCAUCUACGACCCGGCCAACCGCAUUUCUUGCAAGCGCGCCCUCGUGCACCCCUGGUUCAACGACAUGCAUGCUACCGUCUGAGUGCGCACCUUCCUGUCGGUCGCCUCGUGUGCCGGUGGCCGAACGUGUGGCCCCCAUGAUUGGCAGCUUCCUUUCGGUCUUCCUUCCCCUUCUCCCCCUCCCUCUGUCCUUGCAUCUCCGUGUUUUCCCCCAGCGCGCGUGUCGCCUCCUCUCGUGUUUUUUUUUCCCUGCGUCCUCCUGCUUCGCUGCCUAUGUCGCUCCCUCCCGUGCGAAACCACCCCAAAAAUAUAUUCCCUCCA